UUAAUACCGUGUGUUGCUUUUCAGACGACGUCCUGAUGCAUGAUGUGAGGAGUGUGAAAAAGCCUUUCGACACCUAAGAAGUGGCAGCUGAUAUGGUGGACCCGAGACUGACCCUCAGGAGCCCCCAGUCUCACUUUUCUUAUGAGAGUCUGGGGAAAAUGUUGCCACAGAUUAUGGAUCUAGGAUACCGUCUUCCGUGAGAUUCAGAUUUCACAGGCGCUCCGAUCAAACAGCUGUAUAGGAACAUGGAGAGAGACGCAGCUGAGAAGGAGAUGGAGGGCGUUACGGACACUGACGAGGAGAUGCCCGAGGGUGAGCCCUACUCAGUGACCAGUUCUAGUCACUGGGAGGCCAGACGGACUGAUGAUGACUACGAGCAGGAGAAAAAAACUCAGGACCCCUCGAAUCCAGCCACUCCACAAGACUCUGGAAUUGGUGAAGCAGACUAUUGUGGAUCUACAGAGGCCAAAGACGACGCUGAAGACGUUUCGGAUGGGUCCGAGCAUGACGGCACGGCGGAUCACGAGAACUUGCAUGUUAUAAACCAAGAAGAGGACGAAGCGGCGAAAGAGCAGCAGAUGAACGGGGAGUCUGGUUGGAGGAACGAGGGAACUGGAAGAAGAUGCAAACUGAGGAGCAGUGGAUCGGUCUCAGAGCAGAGCAGUCAAAAUGCCUUUUCCUCCAUUCCGAAAGGCAACAUCAUGUCAAGCGGUAGUCGGCACAAGCAGGCGCGCAGACGUAACCACCACCACCAUCAGCAGAAUCGAGGCCGCAGGCGGACGGGCAAUCAGCUCGUCUUGGCUUUCAAGGAGAUGCUGUCAGAGUCUCUGAGCUUCUGGUGCAUCUCCUGCGUUCACAUGAUGAUCGAGAUCAUCGUCACCUUAACUCACAACUGUGGAGUCGGUGUGGAGACCGGAGGGAUGAAACUUUACAACUUUGGGCAGCAGCUCCUUGUGAAGGUCACAGAUAUAGCAGGAAUGAAGGCGGACGCUAGUCGGAUUCUGAAAUGGACGAAAUGCACAGGAACAGACCUGGCGGAUAAAAUUGUCAGGUCAGUGAAGUGGGUAAAGACAGCUGCCUUAUCUUGUUUGAGACUUUUCUGUGCUUUGGUUAUUCUCGCUUCCCAGUGGGCAAAGGGCGCGUUGGUCCGCCUCGGAGGAGAGAGGGGAAAACGCUAUUGGACAGCUUUUCAGGAAUCAAGGUUUUGGAAGAGGGUGGUGUCCCUGCUGGAGAGAGUCCGAAGCAGGAUCAGGAGGGAUGCGCCGCCGUCCAGCCCGGAGUCACCUGGCAGAGCAGGGAGAAGCCAGCCAGGCCAGGAGCUGGAGAGACUGCUGGCCUUGGCUGAAGUACCAGAGGAUGAGCUGGACCCCUUUACAGUGCUCGGUGUGGAGGUGCACGCCACUGAGGCUGAGCUGAAGAAGGCCUACAGACAGCUGGCUGUCCAGGUCCAUCCAGACAAGAAUAAACACCCACGAGCUGGAGAGGCGUUCAAAGUACUGAGGGCUGCCUGGGAUAUUGUCAGUAACCCAGAGACACGACGAGAGUACGAGUUGAAGCGUAUGGCAGCGACUGAGCUCUCGAAGUCCAUGAACGAGUUCCUCUCUAAACUGCAGGACGACCUGAAGGAAGCCAUGAACACCAUGAUGUGCACCAAGUGCGAAGGCAAACACAAGCGGUUCGAGAUGGAUCGUGAUCCUGCUGAGGCCCGGUUCUGUGCUGAAUGCAACCGUUGCCAUAGUGCUGAGGAGGGGGACCUGUGGGCAGAGUCCAGCAUGUUGGGCCUGCGUAUCACGUACUUUGCCUGUAUGGACGGAAAGGUGUACGAUAUUACAGAGUGGGCAGGUUGCCAAAGAAUAGGCAUUUCCCCUGACACGCACCGUGUGCCCUAUCACAUCUCUUUCGGUUCAAAGAACAACAGCAACUCCACACGACACAGGACGCCCUCGGAGCACGCCACAGGUCCGACCAACCCUGCAGAUUUGCAGGACUUCUUCAAUCGCAUCUUCAAGGGAGGACCUCCUAAUGACAUGGCUGCCAACGGGGGCUUCUUCCCCUCAGGUCCGCCCCAUCACCAGCCACCUGGUGCUGGAGCGCCCCCGUUCUCUCCUCCCCCAAGCCAGACAGGUUUCUACAUGCCAGGCGGUCAACGGCCAGAGUCGUCCAGCGAGACGUGGGCCGAGAGCGGCAAACCCCCGAGAAGGAGGAAGAAGGUUCGCAAACCCUUCCAGAGGUGAAGUCUGUUGACUUCUUAGUAUAUCAACAUAGCAACACAGGGACACAAUAAAUAAUGGCCAUGUUUGUCUCUCGCCUGCCUGUUGGCAUGCCAAGAUCUGAACUGGAGAAGGUUCAUGUGGGUAAGAGUGCGGUCCGAUCAGCCAGAGAAGAGAGGGAGAGAAGGACUGGAUCACGAAGAGGAGCCUGGUGAUUGAAUACAAGUAUUGAAUGAAGGAUGAAGACACAGCAGCGAUGGUGCUUUACCUCUCAUUUCUCCUUAUUUUUUGUUGAUCUUUACGCUGACUGUAGCCUUGGCAUUGAGAUCCUCAUCGGGACGCUUGUCAUGAAACAUUUUCCGUUCAUAAUUUCCUGCCAAAAUCCUGCAAUGCAUGAUUUACUCGCCUGCAUUUCACCACUUCAGUUCUCUCACUUUUGUUGUUUAACGUUUGCAUAAAGUAAGUUUAAGACACUAGAAGAGAGAGUCACAGAUCACUGUAAGCGUACAUGAAGACGAUAAUGACCCGAGCAGCUUCACUGUUACUCAUGUUGGUGACGUGAGUCUAGAUCUGCACCUCCUGCCUCCCGCCAUAUUUCAAGAAUGAAUCAAAACCAGCUAAAGCGAAUCUGCAAAAACCGCAGACAUUUCCGAACACUUACAUGCAGUAACCAGAUUUUUAGAGCCUGAGAGUUGUCUGCUUUGACAGUAAAAUCAGAGGGUAUAGUGUGAAUCUCUGGUAGUGAGAAUAUUUCAGUAUUCAUACCUCAGUGAAAGUUUCAACCUCCUGCACUGAGGAAACUAGCAUUUGUUAUUUUUCCUAGUUGUUUGUAUGACUGCAAACAGGCAAAUCUUCUCUUAAACCGACAUGACGCAUACUUCUGAUAAUACGUCUGAAGUCAAAUUUCAAAGGUUAGAUAUUACAGAACCACUGAGAAGUAAAAAAAACAAAUCCUUUCCUGAUACUUGUACGGCGAGUCACAUCCUGCAUUGUAAGAGAGCACCCACUAAAAAUUGUAUUAACGUCUCUCUUCGGGAGCAUGCGAGCCUCGGAAGAGACAACGAAGCUAAGAUGUAAAAUGUGGACCCUGAAUAAGUGAAAACACUAAAAGAGCUUUCUUGUUUUGAGAUAUUUAAUGAUUCAACCGUGCUAAACAUUUUUUAUUUAUUGUUUCAGCUCCAGAUUGGCGUGAUAAUUACAGCACAGGUCCAAAUCUAACAGCAGCAACCGAGUCUGUAAUAAUGAGCUCCAGCUGAGUGACACCGUGACAUUUUCAAAUGUUGAUUUUCUUUAUUGUUGCUGUUAAAAAAAAGACCCCAUAGACCUACACUGCCCCCUGUUGAUUCACUGUGUAACCACAUAAAAUGUCUGACUUACAAAGUUAAACAGCUUCAUUUAAGCCUCAUGUAAACUUACAAUGCUGUCACAUUUUGUUUAUUUUUAAAUUUGUCUUCAAAUGAAGCCUUGAAUAAGACAGUUAUGUUACAUGUGUAACAUGUUCAUGUCAUUUUUAUGUAGCUGUUCAAGCUGCUACUGACACAACAAUGUUCCCGUCGUCUAAAUUUUGACACCAGUUUCAUCAGGAUCUUGUCUGAGCUUCGAUCUGUCAUGACGCUCUUAUUCUUAUUUUUGGGCUUCAGCCUGCGGCGUCCUCUUUUAUUAAUAAUCAUACAUGUGCUUGUAUCUUCCACUCGGACGUGGUUCAGCUUUCAAAAAUGCCGCAGAGAAAAAAAAAAUCUAAUCUGAAAUCCAAACGAUUGAUUUCCUUUAAGUCACCUCGGUGUUGGUCUACACACAUGAAGGCGUCAGAAAAAUGAGAAUCUUGGUUUGAUGGUUGGUUUCUCGAUUCUUCGGUUCUUGAAUAGAAAUGACGGUUUUUGAUUUAAUUUAAGAAAACAUAACUGAUAUUGUUUACACCUGAUAUGUGAAGAUCGUGAGAGUGUAGUGAAAUGGCUGUUUGUGUGUGAUAAGGCAUUUGAUAAAGGCUAUUUUUUUAAUAUUGAUGAUGAAAAGUACCAUGUUCAAUUAUUAUUCUUUUUUUUUUGUUUUGUGUUAAUUUGCACACCCGACCCCGAUAAUAACAUCACAGGGAUUUUGAACGGUCGUCAGUGAUUUCGCCUAACCAGACUGAGUAGGAGGUGUAGCUCGCUAAGCUCUAACAGCUCAUUUGCAAAUUGUUUUUGUUUUUUUGUAGAAUCUAAAUGUUAAAUGAGUGACAUUUUCUUUGAAAAACAUUUGAGUUUCACAAGUAAAAAAAAAAAAAAAACUGGAAAAAUCCAAGUACCAGAUCUGUUUUACAGCAUCGUUUGCCUGAAAAGAUGAAACUGUUGUUAAAAAUAUUGUUUGCGCGCAUUGAAGCACGAUAUCAAAGGUCCAGUGUUUAAUAUUUAGAGCAUCAGCAGAAGUGGAAAUAUAUUUUUAUUAGCGUCUAACCACCUGAGAAAUCACCUUUUGGACUGAGCAGCUUUGCCUCUUCCGCCGCGUUGAAUUGCCACGUUUCUUACAGCAGCCCAGAACGGACAGGAAGGGCGGGGUGUGAGGUGAGGGAUGUUCAGUUGGUUGCAAUCCGCAAACCCUCGCUGCUAGAUGCCACUAAAUCCUACACACUGGUCCUUUUUUAAAGUUUGCCAUGUUUUUGUUUUUUUUGUUGUUGUUUUUUCAUGUGUCAAAUUUUUUUGUUUUCUUCUCUCAUGUUCGCAUUUGACCAGUUUCCAAGACAUGGAUCGAGUUGUUUACAAUUAAAAAAUGACCUUUUUCUCUUUUUAAAAUGAAACCUCAAAAUGUAAAGUGGAUUUACUUUUUAAACGGAAGGGUACGGCUAAAGCCAGAACUAUUAAUACGUGAUAAUCGGACAGACGUCAACAAAAAAAAUGAGUAAAUUUGUCAGUGAAAGUUGGAAAAACUCUUUUUCAAGAUGCAGUUUUUCAUCUUUUCCGUACUCGUUUAGGCCUCGGCUCUUCCUGUUCUCUUCCUCAUGUCAUCUUCAAAAAUCUUUUUUUUUAUUAGCUCAUGAUAUACUGUCAAAUAUCUAAAAGCCAAUCCCUGUCUAGGAAACUGUCGCCACAGCUGUAACCACAAUAAGCAAAGACUGCAUCGUUUUCCACACGUCCACUUUGACUUGAGAAUGUACAGUGCUGUAUGUUUAUAGGUAGCAGUUUGAAGUCCAAGAGGUCAAAACAAAAACAAAAACAAACAAAAAAAAACAAUGAAAGAGCCAACACAUUUUUCUUUUUCUUUCUUUUAAAAUUUUUAACAGAAUAUGCAGAAGUAUUGCAAAAAAUAUCUGACAAUCAUCAGGGUUUUUUGUAGGGAAUUAAAGAUGCGAGUUCCCUGGCUGGCAAACAGUUUUAAAAAAAAAUAUCACUGUUGGGUUUCUUUCCCCUGCUUUCUCUGGUUUUCAAAAUAAAGAUGAUUU